UAAAGAGACCACAAAAUCAUCACAAAAACAUGAAAACGUAUUAGCCACUUAAUAACAAGCGAAAAAUCAACUUUUUCGCCCAUUGACAACCCAAACCGCGUUCCGAUCCAAAAGAUAUAAUGUACGGCUAUCGAUCGGAAGCAUAGCGUUAAUUCGAUAGGGUGCAGCAUGUGAGAGAAUCCUGUAGUGCAAUUUCAAUUGCGUCGUGUUACAAAACCUUGGCCUGGCUGGCCAGAAAGUCAACAACAACUCGGGCUCAGGCACGAUGAUGGCCAGUGAAGCGGAUGCAACGACCUCCGGCGAUCAGGAGUCCUUCGACAUAUACUACGAAGGUCAACGCCUGCAGCUCCACUGGCGUGGAGUGCCUCCCUUGACAAGAUCGCCCGCAUCUUGCAUCCGCCGUAUAGGCGAGUCAUUGCUCCUCCUGACCACCGACCACGCCCUUUACUCCGCCCACUUGCAGGCUAAUCGUAGCUCUCUGGAGCUGGAACUCCUGCGCACGGAUAUCCUGGAUAUAGACUUUUGCUCAGGUAGCCAAGAACUCUUCGUGGUGCUCACAAAUGGCUCAGUACAGCGACAGGUGGUUACGGGAUCUGGCAGAGAAAUCCACCAUCCGCACACCUGGCAGACACUCAGCUUCGAUCCCCUGGAACUGCUGGCUGAGGGUGUUCGUAUCCGAAGAGUCUGCUGUUCCACCCAGGGAGUGGUCUUCGUGGGCUCAGCCGGAGAAACUUACGUGAUGGGCAGUUGUGGAGAGGUCUUUAACUCGGAGAAACAGCCACGUCACAUGCGGCUCUACGAGGAGGGUAAGGAACUGCUCGAUCUGGCCGCAGGCAACGAACACUUUGUGAUGCUGGUGGCUCCAUAUAACAUUGCGGACGAUGUGCUCCAGCUGCCGGUGGCCAGCAGCAAAGACGAUGCUGAGGACGAACGUGCCUCCGUUAAAUCCCUAAGCAGCGGGAAUUCGGAACGAAGCUUUGCAGCGAAUACACGGCAUCUGCUGCAUCAGGGCUAUGCCCUGCUCCACACUCAAAUAUUCACUUUUGGAGCAUCGAACAAUGGCCUACUUGGAACAGGAGAUCAUAUCCGAAGAGCAAAUGUGGCGCGACUUCAGAAGCUAGACAGUAUGGGUGUCUGCAGCAUUGCUGCCGGACUGGAGCAUACUGUGGCCAGGACCCUGGACGGCCGCCUCUAUCAUUGGGGCUUAAAUACUCACCAGCAGCUGGGCGAGGAUGUGAGCUCGCCCAUGGAAAUCACCAUCUCGGAUCAAGCAGCCUAUCUGCCGCCGGAGCAGAAAUCAGCCCUUGAGGCCACUUGCGGAGAUUACCAAACCCUGUUUCUGAAUGCGGAGGGACAAGUCCAAUCGCUGCAGCCGCCACCGCCCUUGCGGCACCUGCAGCAGUCCAGCACCUUUGCCCAAACUUUGCUGCAACUUCAACUGGGAGCGGCAUGGCCCCAGCAGCUGCGACUCCUCAUGUGCUCCGGUGGAUAUACACUUCAAAACCAUCGGCAGUUCCAGCGGCAGUACCACUACUACCUGAGCCACCUUCAAUCGCAGCUGCAGCUGCUCCUGAAGCAUCGCCAGGCAGUCCAAACUCUCGAAAUCUGGCAGCGUCAAUCCGCGCUGGAGGCACUCAGCGCCCUGGGCCCACUGCUGGUCAGCUGGAACCGGAUGCUGUGCCUGCUGGUGGCCACGUUGCACUCACUGGAGGGUUUCUACCGGGCGGACUUUGUGCAGCCCGCGGAUCUGCUGUUUAUCUGCCACCACAAGGAGUACAUCGAUCUCUUCGAUGCCUACACCAAGGCAUAUUGCGAUAUCUAUUCCGUGAAUGGAUUUGGCGAAGCGGUGGCCUCCAUUUUGUGCCUGAACAGCCCCCUGGCGGAGCUGAACGAGGAGAGCUAUGUCACCAGAUUGUUCCAGCAACCCUUCAGCAUAUAUCAGCUAUUUGUGCAGUUUAUGGAGCUGCUGGUGAGGACGCAGCCGGAGUACGGUGAGCACCGAGUUGCCUGGGCGGAGUUCGCGCGUCUUAGCUGCAUCAGCCAGGAGUUGGCAGUGAACACCAGGGAUUUCUGGAGCAGCAAUGACCGGAAUCCCAGAAUAGUGCAGUUUAGACGACGUCAGCGACGUGUGAUUCUGACCUCCACGUUGGUGCCAUUAAAACUGGUUACUUCGGGUAUCGGUAGAGUGUCCAGCAACAGCUUCAUUCUGUUCUCCGACUUUCUCUGCCAAGUGAGCGGUACCUCCUUGUACUCUUAUCCCCUGACCACUUUGUGGGUCUGGUCGGAGGGUGACAUGUGCCUUCGUUUGACGACUCCGGAAAAGAGCUUAGUGGUGGCCACGCGUACGCAAGAGAUGCGAAAAGUAUGGCAGGACCAGCUGCAAUCGAGCAUUGUGGCAGCCCUUGGGAGACCUCUGGGCAGUCCAGUUCCUAGCUCACGUUCUACAGGCUAUGAAUUUAGUCGGGAACAUCCCAAAUUCUCCCGGGUGAAAGCUUGUGGUACUUGGAGGAAGGGUGUCUUGCACGGUAACUGCUACUUGGAGUACCCGGAUGGAAGUGUCUAUUGUGGGGAACUGCACCAAGGAGUCAUCGAAGGUUACGGAAAGAUGGUGAUUCCUUCGUCGGGACUCUACGUCGGCCACUUCAAGGGAGGGCGCUUUCACGGACAUGGAGUCUACGAAAUCCACUCGAAGGAUUCACCCGAGAGCGAAGUAUACGAGGGUAACUUUUGCGAGGGGCUGUUUCAUGGCCACGGAAUGAUGCGAAACAAUCGCUACAUCUACGUGGGCGAGUACCAGGCCAAUGCCAGGAGUGGGUAUGGAGUAAUGGAAGACCUAGUGACGGGGGACAAGUACAUGGGCAUGUUCGUGGAUAACAAGCGGUCUGGAAUCGGCAAUUGCAUCACCAAUCAUGGCGAUUACUUCGAGGGCAACUUUGCCGGCGACGAUCUGGUGGGCAAUGGGGUGGCUGUCUUCGAGAAUGACUACUACUAUGAGGGCGAACUGACGCUCCACGGUCCUAAUGGUCGCGGGGAGUACUAUAUGCCCAACAGCGACGCAGGGGCUAGUAGUGGAUCUGUGGAUGCCAAUGGCGAGGCUGAUGACUGCUGUGAACUGAUUGGAAACAAGAUGUUCGGUCAACUGAGCGGCAGUUGGGAGACAGUUCGCAUCCAGGCAGGAGAGCUGGUGCUCAAUAGACGGUUUCCAAAGUAUCCCAGCUCCUUGGGCCGCCAAGUGGUGGAUCACAAUCGCAAGUGGCGUUCCUUGUUUCACAACUUUGAAUCCGACCUGGCUAACUGUACGGCCAGCAACCCUGGAAGCAAUCAAUCAGCAGCAGGCGGCACGCUCCGGAAACCCUCGAAAACCUCGCUGAGUACGGCUCAGAUUUGGAACUGCAUUGCCGUGUACAUGAGCAAGCAGAGAACUCGAGAGGGCUCGAAGCCGGGAAACUAUUUCAACAACAUCCUUCUCAGCCUACCCUUGCCGCAAAAGACUUCGUCGCCCUUGGCCAAGGCGCGAUCCACCACGAACACCCUGAACAAGCUACAGUCGGAGGCUGCUACGGUCCUGAACUUCUUGGACUUUCCACCGCGACGCAUUCACUCCCAGGAGACGCUAAACAGCAAGCCGGGUGGCCUGCAGCGGGCGGACAGUCUGCUUUCCAUGGGUCACAAUUCGUCGCGGGAUUUGGAUACAGGCAGCCUGGCUAGUUUCCAGUUAGACCAGAGCCUGCUAAACAGCACCUUCAAUGGCGAUGAAUCUACCAAUAUCAACGAGGCCUUUGCCACCAACAAUAACAAUAGCAUAUCAAAGCAUAUGAACAACAGCGAUAGCUCCAUUACCUCGACAACAUCGACCAGUGCAAUGCUCGACCAAGUGCCAAGUUUCGGCAUGGCUAGUACCCUUACAGAGCAGGAUGUGGCCUCGAUACGGCUUUAUUUAGAGCAGGCCUUUAAAGAUCGUCACCAUCCUCUGUACGCAUUGAAUGAACGUAUAGCGAAUUGUUUCCACUACUCCUACGGGUAUUGGAAGGUGAAGCCCACGCCAAUCCUGGCCAAGCAGGCGAUGCGGGAGUGGGAGUCUAUAUCACGUCGCAUUUACCGCUUUAUUCGCAAGAUGUUUCCCGCUCUGCCGGAGGACUACUGCCACAUGGAGGUCAGCCGAGAGGUAAUCUCUCACAUCACUUUGCUCUACCCGCUGGUACUCUCCGAAGGCAUAUACUCCACCCUGUUUGUUUUGUACGCGAACAAGUACAGUCGCAAGGACGAGAUGUACAGGCAAAAUCUAAACUAUGCUGAGAAGCUGAAGGACCAAGAACUCGUUGAACUCAUGGGCCAUGAGAGUUUCCUGCACACUGUGAUGCUGGAUCCCAAGUUUGAGGAGUCGGUGCAGACAUUGAAGCAACUGCAGGAGAAGUUUAGUCCCCAGGACAUGUUGACUGUGAUACAGCGCAGCACGCAACUACUGACGGAAGCCUAUGAGCAUGCUAUGGCAGCCAACGCUGCCCAGCUUAAUGCGGAUAACAUGAUACCGCUGACCAUGCUUACUAUGCUGCGUGCUGCAGUUCCCCAUUUGGGAGCAGAGCUGGCCCUGCUGGACGAUCUGACGGGUGGCCCCAAUUUCCAGGCCGAGAUGAACGGAAUGGCGGGCUACUGCUACACCACACUGAAAGCCGCCUACGAGCAUGUUACUCUGCGGGCUCUGCAAAAGACCCCUUGAGUGGCAGCCUGCUGUAAUGUUUAAUUUUGUUUUUGUUUUUAAUUGGAUGUUUUCAUCGAUUGGUUGCUCAAGGUUGCAUUAUUAUUUAAAACUCAAGCGAAUCUAGCAAAUGAAUCCUUUCUAUAUAUACUUUACAAGCCUAGGAAAAUGUUAAUGCUUUGUUAGAUUUGCUUUAGCCUUAGUCCUAAGUAUUAUAAGGCACCUUGUCGGCUUUGUUGAGCUUCGAUAAGGGAACUUGGGCAACCACAAACGUAGCUUGCCCGUUUAUAAUGUGUAUAUACCCCAAAAGACCCAACUCCCUCAUAAGCCUAAGCGAGCUAUGAUCGUGUACAGGAGCUGAUCGACGUAGAAAAUAUUUGCGAGUAUGUAUCCCUAUUAUCCCCACGUGUAUUUAUCUUAUCUGUUUUUGUAUAUUCUAAGCAAACACAUUAACAUUCCGAUUAUCCACCAAACACCAAAUAAAUUAUUAAACUCAA